AUGAAUACCUUCUUUUCGAAUGCAAGUAAUUCCGCUCUAUCAAGUGCCACUAUGAACUCGUCACCUUCAUCUGUGUCUGUCUCAGCGUCAGCAGUACGAGUUCGUCGUCGUAAAUCAACAUCUCCUUCUAGUCCUGAAAACAAGCAGUCCGAAGAACAUUGUGAGGCUAAGCGUUUCCGAAGUACUAGUAAUCAAGAUCAAGGCAAUGCAACAAAUACUUCAAAAAAUAACGCCUAUAGUAUAAUUAGGCUCCUUGAAAAGAAGGAGCUAAGCAGCAGUCGAGCCAGUAGCUCAACAGCAAGUGAUGAUGAUAAUGCACCAACUAGUCGCUGCCAAUCAACAGAUGAUGAUGAAGGCAACAGGUUUACGGAAUUGGCAGAACUUGGACGUGCUGUCACGUGGCCACAUUUUUUUGCAGCUGGACCAUCAGCUUUUGCAGUCCCACACGCAGUUGCAUCACUAAGGGACUCCAGUACAAUUGCAAAUGCGGUAGCAGCAGCUGCUGCUGUAACUGCAGCAGGUCAGGACUUAUCUCAGGUCCAACAACUUCAGAACGCAUACUUAUCAUAUAUUUUGGGCACAUCAAUGACAGCCACUUCUACACCUCCUGUCGUACCACAACAUCAUCCUAUGCGCCUAAUGGUAACAGCGUCUGAUAAUAGUUCGUUUUUGAAAUUUAAUCCAAUCUAUAUUUUCAAUCUAAUAAGAUCCAUCCCAUUCAUUCUGACAAGCUAA